UAUUUUAUUUAUUCUUUGACGAGUGACGACUUGUGAUUGGAGAGUCAGUGGAGAUGCUAUGAGUAUUUCUCGUGUUUGAGGGCUGAGUUUCGUGGUUAUCGAAAUUACCAUUUAAUAUUUAUCAGUUACUAGUUGCGUACUUGCGUCUUAUUUUUCACAUUAACAAAUCGACGGUUAUUAUUCAGCGUUAAGAGAAUAAGACGUAAAGUGUAGUUAAUAUACGCGUAUAGGUAUCGUAUAAAUUCCGAAGUUUAUUCUUACUGUCAAGUGUAAAUAAGAUUUGUGUAAACUGAGUUAUAAUAACUAGAGUUAUCUAGUGACUCCGGGACUCUUCCAAUUUGUCAAAAGCAAAAAGGUUAGCGAACAUUCAUCAUUAUGAGUAAGCGCAGAGCAGGUAACGAACUAACCAAAGACAAUUGGGAUGAAGAAGAAGAAAAAGUAGACCCAGGAAUAUUUAAGGUAGCAGACGAAUCUGUAUUGAAAAACCGAGUUCUGAAAAGAGCAAAAAGAACAUUACAAAGAGAUGAAUCUGGUGAACUAAAACCAAUAUUUUCUGGAUUUUCGGGAUUUAACAAUCUAUCUAGUAAUCUAAAUUCCAAACAAGCGUUUUCUUUUUUGUCAAAAUCAAAUGACACACCGAGUGAGAGUGGAAAUCAUCCAUCUGCAUCUACGAUUAAUUCAUUGACCACAUCUAGUAGCUUAACAUUUUCAGAAAGUAACAAAAGUAACAGUUCCAAAAGUUCAACUCUGCCAAUUGUGAAUCUUGUUAAGGUGAUGAAACUUAACGAGGCAUUUGUUAAAUUUAUUACAAAUGCUGUGCAGAAAAAUCCUUAUUGUGUGCUAACUCCUACAUUGAAAGACUAUGAAAAACAAAUUAGCAAAUUUGUCGAUAUUACUAGUUGCAAGUCAAAUACUCCUGAUACUUCAAUGGCUUCUACUAAAGGAUCUCCUCAAAUAUCAGUAAUGGAAAGUAAAAUAACACGUACAAAGAACUCUGAUGAAGUAAAAAAUAAUUCUGUCAAUGUCCAGAGAAGUGAAACUAGUUUUAUAAAUCCAACUGGCAAUAUUUCUAACAAUGAACAAUUGUUUAGUUUUGGUAAUAAAAGCCAAGACACUAAUGCCAAAGAAUCAAGUACAAAUAUCUUGAAACUUGAUAAGACGGUCACAGAACAUACAGAAAAAAAAGAUGUUGAAACAAAAUUGCAACCAUUUUCUUCAGAAGAAUCAAAGAAUACACUGACAGGGACCAAUGGAUUCAAGUUGGGAGAUUUCAAAUUUAACAAUCAGUCAUUGUCAACUUCCUUUACUAGCAAAUCUCCUGACUUUAAAUUUAAUGAUGAAAAAACAUUGCCAUUUAGUUCAAAAGAUAAAAAAACGUCAUCCUCAGAAAAACCUAUUGUAUGCAAGACAUUAAACACAAAGCCUCCAUUUAAUUUCGGAAGUACCCUACCGUCAUUUUCAUUUAACUCUACAGAACAAAAUAAUUCCAAGCCAUUCUUUAGUUUUGGAUCAAAAUCGCCUACCUUAACAUUUUCUUAUGAAAAGUUGAAGACCCCUCCUCAGGAACCUAAAAAUCCAAUAGAUGAAGAUGAGGAUCAACCGCCAGUUGUAAAUUUUACACCUAUUAAAGAGAAUGAUGCCGUUUUUGAGUCUAAAAGUAAACUAUUUUGUUUUAAAAAUGGUAAAUAUGAAGAGCUUGGGGUUGGUCAAUUGUAUUUAAAAUCAGUGGAUGAUAAAAAAAUACAAUUAAUUAUGAGGAAUGAUAGUGCCUUGGGAACUAUUAUGGCAAAUACGUUACUGAAUGAAUCUGUUAAUUUUACUAAACGCAAUGCAAAAAAUGUUCAAUUAACAUGUGUUCUUGAUCCUACAAAAAGUACCAAACCGCAAACGGUUCUAUUCAAAUUUAAGGAUUCACAAAUCACCGAUUCAUUUGAAAACGAACUAAACAAAUUGAAAAAGUAGUCCCAACAUCAAGUUUUCAGAUUAAAAAUAAUUGAUUUUCAUAUUUGUAUAAUUUAAUAUUUUUCCAGACUAUUAUUUAGAUUAUUAAAGAUACAUACUAUUGUGGGAUAAGUUAUAUUGAUUUGAGUAGGUUUCAUUCAUAUUAAAUAAACAAUAAAUAAAAUAAC